CUUUAUAAAAUUAAUAUAUUAAAUUAAAAUGGUAAUCAUAUUAAAUUUGCUACUUCUUAUGGUCAACAUUGAUGGAAGCUCAGGAGAAGUCAUAACAACCCUUGGCUAUCAAUUGACUAAGAAUGGGAGGGAAUUUUAAAAUAAUUAAGGGAAAAAAUUUUCAAUUAGCGAAUCAUGCAAAUAAAUUGAAAUUGGAAACCCAGACCUAAAUUCAAAGGUCGAUACAAACUCCUAUUACUUUUUGGUAAAAUUAACUUGUAAUGACAUUGUGGAUGACGAGGAGUUUUUUAAUUAAGAGAGAGAUGUUGGAAAUUCAACUAUCGAUAAGAAGGGAACAUUCGAUCUAUCUCCUUAUUAAUGCACAUUAAAUGUAACAUUAGAUAAUUCUGAACACUGUUGCUGUCCUGAACGAAAAAAGUAAAUCAAUAUUUAAAUUAGUGGUUUUCAAUUUAAAAUCCUGAAUUGACAGCCAUCAUCAUCAUACCAAUUCUGACGUUUUUCUUAUUAAUUGGUGGUUGUUUAUUUUGCUUAAAAUAAAAAAUAAAAAAGGC